AUCGUUCUGGAUUUUCGAAGUUCAAACUGAAAUCAAGUCUUGCCUGACUUCCCACUUGGUCAGUGAUCGUAUUAGAGUUUAAUUCUGCUUACAGAGCAGUGCUGUCUAACUUUCGUUUAUUUGGCUAACUUUUCUCGAGUUGCAAGCAACUUGGCAUUACCCAUGUAAAACAAAGAUUAGGUAAUUUCUUUUUCAUCUGAGGUGCAUGAGUUGUUUGAACCCUCCUCCUGAAAAGGUGGUGCAAGCAGAGUCCUUGAUUUUUGUUUUGCAGAGAAGUUUUCAUUGAGCGAAGCGUUGUAAAGUUAUCAGGACUAGGUGAGAAUGUGGAUUUGAAGUUGCAGUCAGAUCAGGCAUGAUCUUACUUGAUGCGAAGCAGGCUAAUGGCCUACAUUACAGUCCCUACCUGAAAUGUCGACUUUCCUGCUCCUCUGAUGCUGCCUGAUGUGCUGUAUUCCUCCAGCAUUACGCUGUAUUGUUUCUAAUUCAUAGGUUUGUAUGGAUUUUGCAGUGAAAAUUACUGUGAAACUACCAGCAUUCAUCCUAUUACACUACUGAGACUACAUGUGGAAGUCCCAGUGUGAAUGCAGAUUUUGUGUGUAACUCUACGUUUAUCCAGUGACAGAAGUGUUAACACUAGAAAUAGGAGCUGGAGUAGGUUAUUCAGUUCUUCAAAUCUGCUGUGCAAUUCGACUAGCUGAUUUCUACCUCAGUGCCGUUUUCUAGAUUAUCCCCAUACCCCUUUGUGUCUUUAAUAUCUAGAAAUGUAUCGGUCUCUGGAUUGAAUAUACUCAAUGAUUGACCUUCCACAGACCUUUAGGGUAGAGAAUUCCAAAGAUUUACCAGUCUCCAAAUGAGGAAAUCCCUCCUUUCAGCCCUGAAUGGCCUGCCACUUAAUCUGACACUGAUCCUGAGGCUUGCAUGCAGCCCUCCCCAUCCAGUGGAAAUGAUGUUCCUGUAUCUACCCUGUCAAACGCUGGAAGAAUUUCAUGUGCUUCAUCGAAAGCAAAUCUCAUUCUUCUAAACUCUAAAGAAUAUAGGCAUAGUCUCUUCGUUGGACAAUUCUUCCAACCCAGGAAUAAGUCUGGUGGAUCUUCAUUAUACUCUGUCUAAGGUAAGUAUAAUCUCUAAUAUUCUCCCAAGCUGCACCAAUGAGAAAUCAAUUGCAUUGAUGAAAACUUUGACUCUUGCACUGUUAGUCUUGCUGUAAAAGUGCUUGAAUCAGUUUCAGAUUUUUGAGUAAGGUGUAACUGAGGUUUUAAAGGCAUACAGACUUGAAAAUUGCUGUAAAAAGACAUUUUUUUGAAGCUUCCCAUCUUGCAUUCAUCAGGACAGUUGCAGUAAUAAUACGUUCCCCAAUGUAAAGGGGAACAACAUUUUAUCCCAUGUAAGAAGGAAAUGCUGAUUGAUUUGCACCUGUACUCUGAUUGACAAAGGCAAGCUAUAGUGAAUGCACAAAUUAAAUGAUGACUGAAUGUUGACUACCCAGUUUUGUUUAAAUUUACACCAGGCAGGUUUACUGGGCAAAACGUCUUCUUUGAGGAAUGAACUGAAGAAUGGCUGCCAUCUCUUAAGUUGAAACAGACAUGAUGCAUGAACGUGUUCUUUCUGUCUGCAAAGACCAAGGCCCUGUGAAUUAAUAUGUGUGCAAAUCUGCUGUAUAACAUAGAGCACUGAAGAAUAAUGAAAUGGAAUUCAAUAAAAUGUCUCCUCUUGACUUUCCUGUAUGCGGUGGAAUCCUACUAAUGAGACAUUGCUAACAAACUGUUGACAGAAGGUGAACGUCAGAUGAAAGGGAUUUAAAGGGAUAAACUGUUUGAAUACUCACGUAAAGGAUUCUAAAGAUUAAGAAUCUCAGAAUGUGACUGGUUUUUCCACAAAAAGAGGCUGUGGUUGGACAAUCAUGUUUGGAAGUCUGUUCAGAAGAAAUCCAUCUCAGAAGCUAAGUGUUUUGCUGUUGAUUUUUGGGUUUAUCUGGGGCUUGGUACUACUCCGAUAUACAUUCCAGCAUCCAAAACACCAAAGCAGCAUAGAACUGCGUGAACAGAUUCUGGAACUCAGUAAAAGAUACGUCCGGGCUCUCGCAGAGGAAAAUCAGAAUGCAGUGGAUGGUCCUCAUGGUGCUUCAAUGGCAGGAUAUGCUGAUCUGAAAAAAACAAUUGCUGUCCUGCUUGAUGACAUAUUACAGCGCCUGGGAAAGCUGGAAAACAGGGUGGACGACAUGCUUACAAACGGCUUGACAAAUAGUACCAACAAUACCAACACCAAUCCUGUGUCAGCAGCUUCCAAUAAACAAAUGAAUGUUCAAGGUAGUAUUAGAUAGCAAGUCUGCAAAGGGGGUAAGAAAAUGGCUUUGCAUUUUUUUUGGUUUCCCUUUCUGCUUUGGUAACCAUCAAAUCUUACAGACCUUUUUUGGAGGGUUUCAUUGGCAUUUCUGUCCAGUUGAAGUACAGUAAGUAUCUGGUGUUCUGUACAAUCUCAUUGAAUUUUGAGAUCAGUAUAUUGUGUUAAAGCUAAUUUUGCAAAAAAAAUUCAACCUCAUGUCAUACCGGAACAGGUUGCAUGUGAAUGCAAAUCCUUGGGGAUCUGUCUCCUGGUUCAGUGCUAUUUUAGUUGGCUGGGUUUUAAAAAUGUUAUGCUUGUAGUCAAAGGAGAUCUGUUGUAUGAAAUAAAAAUGACCUAGCCAAACAAUAAUAUCCCACCAAUAUGUAUUUAAAGUUGUCACAUCUUUACUGAUGUUAAACUGUAAUGACUUUAUUUUAAACUGUUUUAAGUGCACUGAAUUUGCAUGUUAACACAAAACAGUCAUGCUGAAUAAUUGGUCAGUAAUGAUAUGUUUUUGUAUGCUACCAGUAUAUAUCCUAGGAUCACUUUUUCAAAUAUAAUAAUAAGAAUACAUCAUCCCCAUUCUCCAUUCAUUUCACCUAGCCCGAAGUUGUACUUGCACUGAUACCUUCAAAGCUGAAGAGAUUUUUGAAAUGACUGACAGUGAAUGUACUGUACAGAUUAAAGCUAUUGCAGACAUUUUGCAAUAUGCUGUUUAGAAAGAAAGGGAACCUGAUUAUUUACACACUCAUUAAGACAUAGAUGGGCAAUUAAUUUUUUUCAAUGUUCUGCAAAUUUUUGUGUAUUGGACUAGUACCACUACCUUAACUUUCUGUACCUGCUAGGCACCUGUUUUUAUUUAGAUAUAAAAAGGUCAUCUGCUUGCUUUAUUUAAUUUGAAUUAUUUUUUAUUGUCGGGGUUUAUUACAUUGUCUGCUUGUAAAGUUUCUAAUUGGUAUGCAGAAUUACCUUGUACUCAAUAUAUUUCAGGUCGUGAGCUUAUUGAUGGAAACAGACUUAAUUGUGCCCUGUUCCCCAGUGUAAUUAAAACUGCAGUACUUUAUAGUAAAACAUGUCAUUCGAGAAUAAGGUAUCCAUCUUUAAAAGUACAGCGAAAUCUCCAGGCCAGUUGACCUUUGUGUUAUGUAUACAGUAAUAAUGGGAGGAAGCCUGUAGGUGUUCACAUUAGAGCUGCAGGUAACAUUCAUAAAACAUUAAUUGGGAAAAUUCACACGUACUUUGCCUAUAUAUUCAACUCCUAAUAAAAUAUAAAUACAUUUUUAGUGUAAUGAAUUUAUCAGAAGCUGUGCAUUACCAUAAAACAAACUGCACAAAUAGUCUGACAUCUAAUGUUUCCUACUCAGUGCUGCAGAUUUAAGUAUGUAUGCUUUUUGUAACUGUGUGCUUUUUGAUCUGUUCAUCUGCUGAGCAAUAAACAUCUAUUUUUGGGGCUUGGGGUUUACAUUUGCUUUGUUACUUUAUGCUUCAUUUAACUGUUCCUUUUAUUUGUGCUGUCAAAUGUGUUUUGCAAAGCAAGGAAAAAAACUGAACAAAACUAAUUGGACAGCAUUUAGUAGAUGCUCAGUUUUUUUAAUGGUGUUGAACAUACUAAUUAUCUCAAUAAUUGGCUGCAGCAGUGGGCUGUCAUUGUAUCCCUUUGUGUUCAAGUCUUGGGCUUAAAGUCUUUCUUCACAGUGAUAGGCAAGUGUCUUACGUUAAGAGAGUUUGAAUCAUGUCAACCUGGCUUUUAAUGAACCUAAGCAAGUAACAUAAAAUUCACCGUAUUACUCAGGGAAACAUCAGGAACCUUACUGUUUAAAAAAAAAAAUCAAUGUUCGUUGUGUCAUAGGGAAUGCACUUCUAGGAUAAGACAUCAUAAUGAGAAUGUAGAGGUGACUUAUUUUGCAACUCACCUGAGAAUAGUUCGUGUUGACUUUCAGUUGACAGAAAUCCCAUUCUCUAGCGCUGUUACAUUUGAUUUAGACCACAACAGAUUUCAGCAAGACCGUUUUUAAAUCACAGUCCUUUACUGGCUUACUUGCAGUAUUGUGUUUUCAAAGAAGUUUGCAGAUAAGUCAGUGGUUGGAAUGUUGGAGUUAAAAUAUUAGUUAUUAACACUAAUCACAUUGAAAUUUCUCUUAGAGGUAGUUAUGAUAUUUGUCCAGAUAAUGUUGUUAGGCUAGGAUUUGCCUUCAUUUUCGUAACUUUUGCCCAGCGUGUGACCACUUUUAAAACACUAUUGCUAUCUUAAAAUUAAAUGCAGUAUUGAGAAGGAAAUUUAAUUUGAAUUAAAGCAAUCUGAAGAGUGAGAAAUGAAUCCGUCCAAAGGAUUUCCUUUCUGGGUAUUAAUUCAGAUCUAAGGUUGAUAGCUUUGUCCUGGAAGUGUAUUCUAUUUCUCCUCAUUGUAUUUUCCUAAGUUAAUUUAAUUGGUAUUUUGCAACUAAAGAGUUACUAAUAUAAUAUACCAAGUGGUUGAAUAUGAAGUAAAUGAUGGAAAACACCACAUUUUAAAUUAAUCUUUUCAGUAUUAUAAUACUAGUACACUAUUAGGCAAUUAUAUCUUAUUUUUUUCAAGAUAUUUAAAUAAAUAGAUGGAGGAUGAACACCUAGAGAGAGAAAAUUGGCAAGUAAGUAGGACUCGCUGAGUUGCUCUUGUAGAGAACUGGCACUGAUGUUGCAGGCCAAAUGACGACCUAUUGUACUGUAACAUAAAAACGUCUGCUUACUUUGUUACUGAUACCAUAACAUGCAUAGUAAGUCACUUAGUGUUCAGUUUAUGGUAAAAAUUGUAAGUGCAUUAUAUUAAUUAUCUUGGCAGCACGAGCCUGAAACUUCUAAAAAAAAUUCCAACAUUCCAACCUGUCCUAAAUUUGAUUUGAUAAAUGUUUUACACCAGAAUUGCAUUUCCUUUCAGUUCCAUACAUAAGUGAGUUCGAACUUAAAUUAUAUACAACUUUUGCGUUAACUCCUCCUUGAGGUAUGGGUGUGACUAACAAGGCCAACAUUUAUUGCAUAUCACUGAGAAUGUGGUGGUGGUGUGUCUUCUUGAACUACUGCAGUCUGUAUAGUGAAAAUAAUUUUAUUGUUGCUGCAAUUCUUUUACUGGCUGCCAUAUUUUCAUUAAUAGAGAAACCUAUGCUCAAUUUGUGCAAUAUUUGUUGCUUUGCACUUAUAACAGAAUUUUUUGUAAUUUUUGUGCCACUGUUGGGUUAACCAGUUUUUCUUGCAACUUGCACAGGAGUAAUAUCAUCUCUGACUGUUUAAUAAUCUAUUUCAAUAAUAAAAUCGAGAUACAUGAACUAUUUUUGAGAAUUUAAAAAUACUGGAAAUAAUUGUAUUUCACCGGAGUCUUUUUUUAAACUGUAUAGCAAAAUAAUGUGCUACUGCAAAGCUUAAUCAUUAUUAUGUGACAUUGUUUCUGGAGCUUUGUGGUUGGAAGUACUUUUAAUAAAGUUCAUUUAAAAGGCUUACGGCACUAUUU